AAUCGUGUCUGAACUACGGGACGGCCCCUAACAAAGAUGGCGGGGGAGGCCUCAGUGAGGGCAGGCUGAUUUAAUACCCGAACCCGCGGCGGACAGCGAAGACAGAGGUAGCGGCGCAGCCCCGACCAUGGAGGAGGGCAACAGCGCUGGCAGCGGUGGCAGCGACAGCAGCACCAGCGGGAGUGGCGGGGCGCAGCAAAGGGAGCUGGAGCGCAUGGCUGAGGUCCUGGUCACCGGAGAGCAGCUACGGCUCAGGCUGCAUGAAGAAAAGGUUAUUAAAGAUAGGCGACAUCAUCUCAAAACCUACCCAAACUGUUUUGUUGCGAAAGAACUGAUUGACUGGCUGAUUGAACACAAAGAGGCUUCUGACAGAGAGACGGCAAUUAAACUCAUGCAGAAAUUAGCAGACCGGGGCAUUAUUCAUCACGUGUGUGAUGAGCAUAAGGAAUUCAAGGAUGUCAAACUCUUCUAUCGCUUUAGAAAGGAUGAUGGCACCUUCCCAUUGGACAACGAAGUGAAGGCCUUCGUGAGAGGACAGAGGCUGUAUGAGAAGCUGAUGAGCCCUGAAAACACACUCCUGCAGCCCAGGGAAGAGGAAGGGGUCAAGUAUGAGCGCACCUUCAUGGCGUCUGAGUUCCUGGAUUGGCUGGUUCAGGAGGGUGAGGCCACCACAAGGAAAGAGGCGGAACAGCUUUGCCACCGGCUUAUGGAGCACAGCAUCAUACAGCACGUGUCCAACAAGCACCCGUUUGUGGACAGCAAUCUUCUCUACCAGUUCAGAAUGAACUUCCGGCGGAGGCGAAGACUGAUGGAGCUGCUCAAUGAAAAAUCCCCCUCCUCCCAGGAAACUCAUGACAGCCCCUUCUGCCUGAGGAAGCAGAGCCAUGACAAUCGGAAAUCUACCAGUUUUAUGUCAGUCAGCCCCAGCAAGGAGGUCAAGAUCGUGUCUGCCAUGCGGAGAAGCAGCAUGAGCAGCUGCGGCGGCAGCAGCUAUUUCAGCGGCAGCCCCCCCGCCAGCGGCAGCCCCCCCGUGCUCUGCAACCCCAAGUCUGUGUUAAAAAGACCCGUCACUUCUGAGGAACUCCUGACUCCCGGGGCUCCGUAUGCGAGGAAGACAUUCACGAUUGUUGGUGACGCAGUAGGCUGGGGCUUUGUGGUGCGAGGCAGUAAGCCAUGCCACAUCCAGGCCGUGGAUCCCAGUGGCCCAGCAGCCGCUGCAGGAAUGAAGGUCUGUCAGUUCGUCGUCUCUGUAAAUGGGCUUAACGUACUGCAUGUUGACUACCGGACGGUGAGCAACCUGAUUCUGACGGGCCCACGGACGAUUGUGAUGGAGGUCAUGGAGGAGUUAGAGUGCUGAGAGGGCAGCCCUCCCAGCCCAUCCCGUGGCCUGCGGAGGAUCAAAGGCAGAACAACACAAAGCUCUGCAAUGACAAGACUUCUGUAUACCUGGAUGGCUUUGGACAUACAGAUCUUUUCUCCGUACAUACACAUCUUAAUUUGAGUUUCACACACUGUUUCCCUGUUGAAUGUGGAAGAACCGGGUAAUACAUCUUUUUAAAAAAAAAAACAACAAAAAAAGACUUACGUCAAUGUAGAGUUUGAGAAACAGAAUUUUUUUUUUACAUAGUAGCAUUGCCUUACUCAAUUUCCAUUUGCAGUUCUCAUCCAUUGUUUUAUAUCUUAGUUUGCAGAAAGUUGCUGAAAUGCUUCUCUGGCCAAAACAGCGAUGUGCUAAAAUCCCCUUCACAGUAGUCAAUAAAGUAGUUUUAACAGACUUUAAGUUGUACUGUCACCAAAUGAGCAUGGAACUGUUUAUUAGAGGAUCUAGAUUUCACCAAAUUUCAAAUUAAAACAACAUCCAAAGGAAUAGUACUUGUUAAUUAGCAUUUUGAAGAUUCUAAAUCAUUCAGUGCUUAAAAGCCAUCAAAUUUUUGACUUUUUCUUAAUUCCUGCCUUUAGUAUCAACUUUUCACUUAAUAUGUGUUUUCAGUUAUGGCGUUGGUCAAAAACCAAAAACCUUAUAAUGGUAUGGGUGGGGUAGAUAGGGAGAUAACUACUUAAAACUAUGUGCUCUGUUUUCUCUUUCUGAGCCUAUUUUGUUCUAUCAGUCAGCAACAGCAGCUUUCUAGAAAUAAUCCUGAAUAUGUUGAAUGUCGAAACAGACAAGUUUGUAUAUACACACGUAAUUCAAAAUCACGCCUCUGGCAAGA